GGAUAACUUCGGUAUUGAUUUAGAUAUAACAUCGCCGUCUGGACUCUCUCUCUCACACACACACACACACACACUCACACAGUCAUUGCUUCGUUUGCUCGGAAUUUAUGUUUUGUAUGCUUUGGAGAAAGAGGCAGAGUAGCCAUGUCCUCGAUGUUGAGGUGGAAAUCCAAGAUUCUUAGUAAGCAUAUCAGAGCAAUUUCGUUUUCAUCAUCCUCAACCUAUCACCACCAUACUCCACUAAACCUCCUCAUACCACCACCACAACUGCAUCAAUCAAACUAUUUCAAGUUUCGACUUUUAGGGUUUCAACAAAAUCGCCAUAAAUGGGAAGGAAGUUCCGACAAUUAUGAUCAUAUUAAAGCCCAAGUUAACUGCCCUAGAUGUUCCCAACUCAUGACCCUACUUUUUUCAAACCGCCCUCUAUCGAUCACUUCCGAUACUGGCAUCUACCAUGCCCUUAACAUGUGCCGUAACUGCAGAACUGCUUAUUAUUUCCGGCCGUUUAAGAUAGACCCGCUUCUUCAAGGGAGCUUUAUUGAAAUUGGAAGGAUUAGAGCCGGGAAGGAGGGAGAUGUGGGAACUAUUGCUAAUGCUGCUAAUGAUGGUGACGAAAACAGGAAAGUAGGCGUUAAAAUGUGGGAGAAGUUAAGGUCUUACGGUGGUGGGGAUACAGUAGAUGGUCCGACGGUGGAUGCUGGUGGUGUGGCGGUGGGGGACCAAGAGAAGCGUGAAGAGUGUGGUGGCGAUGGACAGGGUAACAAUGGGUGGUCGGGUGGAUCAAAGUUUGGGAUAGAAUUGCCGACACCAAAGGAGAUAUGCAGAGGCCUUAAUGAGUUUGUAAUUGGGCAAGAACAGGCUAAAAAGGUGCUUUCAGUUGCUGUUUAUAACCACUACAAGAGAAUUUAUCACGCCUCUAUGCAUACAAAUCAAGAAACUGAAAACCAAGAUGUCGAUCAUGUUGAGUUAGAUAAGAGCAAUGUUCUGUUAAUGGGUCCAACUGGCUCAGGGAAGACAUUACUUGCAAAGACCUUAGCUCGAGUAGUGAAUGUUCCUUUUGUUAUUGCUGAUGCUACUACUUUGACACAGGCAGGUUAUGUUGGAGAAGAUGUGGAAUCAAUAUUGUAUAAGCUUCUUGUGGCUGCUGACUUCAAUGUGGAAGCAGCUCAACAAGGAAUUGUGUACAUAGAUGAAGUUGAUAAGAUAACUAAAAAGGCUGAAAGUUUAAAUAGUGGCAGAGAUGUAUCUGGUGAAGGGGUUCAACAAGCAUUGCUCAAAAUGCUUGAAGGAACUAUUGUUAAUGUUCCUGAUAAUCGAGCUCGAAAGCAGCCUCAGGGUGAUGGCAUUCAGGUGGAUACAAAAGAUAUCCUUUUUAUAUGUGGUGGGGCGUUUGUUGAUCUGGAGAAAACCAUUUCUGAGAGACGACAAGAUUCAUCUAUUGGGUUUGGUGCUCCAGUGAGGGCUAAUAUGAGAGGUGGUGGAUUAACCAAUGCUGUGGUUACAUCUUCAUUGUUGGAAUCUGUAGAAAGUGGUGACCUUGUUGCAUAUGGUUUGAUACCCGAGUUUAUCGGUCGAUUUCCUAUUCUAGUCAGUUCAUCAGCUCUAUAUGAAGAUCAACUUCUUCAGGUUCUAACAGAGCCAAAAAAUGCUCUUGGAAAGCAGUACAAAAGGAUGUUCGCCAUGAACAAUGUGAAGUUACAUUUUACUGAUACUGCACUAAGAUUAAUUGCAAAAAAAGCAAUUGCCAAGAACACGGGUGCACGUGGUCUAAGAGCCAUUUUAGAAAAUAUUCUGGUGGAUUCAAUGUUUGAGGUUCCAAAUCCUCCCCACCAAGGAGCUGAUUUUGUUGAUGCAGUGGUGGUUGAUGAAGAGGCUAUAGGAUCAGAAGAACAACCAGGAACUGGUGCAAAGAUUCUUUAUGGAAUUAAUGCAUUACAAAAAUACCUCAAUAAUCUAAAUUCAACACAUCCAUUGGAAGCAACACAAGGGAAUAAGGGUGGUACUAUGGAAGGGGAUUUGGAGGUCACAUCAAGAGCCAUGAGUUUGUGAAAACAUCAUUAUCAUCAUCAUCUAUGUAUUUGUAUUUGGCUAUGUACAUUUUUAAACCCAAGAAUAAAAGUUGAUGUAUUUUACAAAAUUUU